UGGCUUCCCUGCAAGACGCAGCUUUAGCAUUGCUCAAGGUUGACGCAGACAUGGCCGAGCCAGUCAAGUCCGCCUUGACCCCAAAGGGCGGGAAGGAGGGGAAGCCGAAGAAGAUGGUGAAGCUUGAAGCUCCUCUGAAGCCAGAAGAGGAAGAUGAGCAAGAUUCGCCUGUGGUUAUCUCGGUGGAGCGUGAAGAGAAAGAAAUCAAAGCUAUUACGAAGGAGAUUAACAAGGAGAAGGAAAAGCCUCCACAUUCAUCAAGCCCCGAAAAUCGCACACUUCAAGAGCAGGUAGAGCAGCUGGAAACCGGCCUUGCCAGGGUCGUUGCUGAUUUCCGUGCACAAGCAGAAGAGGUCCUGAUGCAACACCUUGAUGGCCUCGAAGAAGCCCAGUUGGCUCACGAGUUCGAGGUGGCCAACCUGAUGGCUGAGAACAUCAUGCUGCGCGAGAAGUUGGGUCUAAAAACCACUGAACAGGUGCGCAACGUGAUGUUCCAAAACCUUGUGCCCGAGCCGAAGAAAAAGCCAACACGAGGAAGCAGGAACGCAUUCCAGGAUGAUGAAGACAACGGUCCUCAAUCCUUCAAGCAGGGCGGCGGCGGCAGCGGCUUUCCUACGCCCAACCAGCAGCCUGGGGGUCCUGCGGGUCCUGGGGGCCGCCAAAACAACCGGAAAGGCGGGAAGAACCAGCAGCCGGGUGGAAGCUGGCAAGCCUUCAUGGCCUGGGUGCCAAACGGCGCCGGCAUGCAGAAUGCGGAGCCUUGGAAGCCUUUGCCGCAGCAGGACAUUGCCCAGGCCAAUGUGCCGCAAAAUGGGAAGAACCGCCAGGUCAUGAAGCGAAACACGACUGCCAACACCGGCGGCAACUUAGCAAUUUUGCCCGGUGCACCUCAAGAAGACAAGCCACCGAAGGAUGAUGACGAUUCGGACAGUGAUAGUGGCAGAAGCAACUUGGCCGGGGAGGAACAGUUCGAAAUGCUUGAGGUGUGGCGAGCGUCGUCCAAGCAAAUGAAGAAAAUGAAGAGGGGAAGCCAUGGAGAAUCAGAGAGCUCUGUGCCCUUCCGUGAGGAGGAGGACGACUAUCAAGAGCCAGUCUCACACGGAUGGAUCUUAAAUCCAGAUUCCUCAAUCCGCGUGGCUUGGGACUUGGGAAGUUUAGUGAUGGUGUUGUACGACAUGGUGAUGAUCCCAAUGCAGGCAUAUAGUCUUCCUGAAAACGCGUUUUUGACGAUGAUGGAGUGGACGACUCGCCUGUUUUGGACAUUCGACAUCUUCUGUUCUUGCUGCACUGGUGUGGUUAUGGCCGAUGGCGCUGUCGAGUACAACCUGAAAACAAUCCUGAAGCGGUAUGCAAAGACCUGGCUGGCCUUGGACCUUGUGAUCGUGUGCUCAGACUGGUCUGAGGUUAUAUUCUCUUCAUCAGGUGUGGCAAUGCUGAGCUUUGCCCGCGUCACACGGAUCAUACGAAUUGUGCGCUUGCUGAGACUGGUGCGUAUGCAAGAGAUCAUGGCCAAUGUGACGGAGCGAAUCCAGUCUGAGACAUUGGGGCCGUUAGUGCAGGUGAGCAAGGUCACAAUCGUGUUGCUGACCAUCUCCCACUUCACCGGUUGCCUGUGGUUUGCGCUGGGUGCUCGCGACGUGACAGAAUCCACCUGGGUAAAGAAUCAAGGUUAUACAGCGCUGGGAGUGGAUGCACAGUACCUGGCUUCGCUGCAUUGGGCCCUUGCUCAAUUCUCAGGUGGCAUGGAUGAGAUCUACCCGAUGAACCCCUUGGAACGGCUUUUUGCUGUGGCCAUUGGUGGCACCAUCUUUGUGAUCGCCCUGGUGAUGCUGGGAGUCUUCACCUCUGGGCUCACGCAGCAAUACAUCAUCGGUGGCAGCGGCGCAAGGCAGCUCGCAACCUUAAAGAGGUACCUGAAGCAGAACAACGUCUCUAAGGUCAUCACAAAGCGGGUCUGCCGCAACGCCAAGCAUGCCAUCAGUGGAGACCUCACCCCCGAGUCCGUGGAGCUUUUGCACGUGAUCUCAGAACCUUUGAAGGUUGAGCUGGCCUUCGACAUGUACUCGCAGGUGCUGAUGUGGCACCCUUUCUGCCUGGAGCUUCUGCAGGAUAAUUCUCCGAUCAUGCGCCCGAUUUGCCACCGAGCAAUGUCCAUGUUGCUGCUUUCAAGCACGGACAUCAUCUUCAACCUCGGGGAGGAACCAGCUGAGCCCAAGAUGUACAUUGUUGUGUCGGGCCAAUUGGAAUACAUGGACUCUUACGGUGAAGUGGCCCAGGUUGGCGAGCGUCGGUACUUGGCAGAAGCUGUGCUGUGGACCAAUUGGAAGCACCGCGGUACUUUGACGGCCAUCAGUGACGUGAAAGUGGCCAUGCUCGAUGCGCAAGGUUUCCGUGACAUUUGUCAGCGAUUUAUGCGCCGAAGUGAGGCUGCUCUCAGGAUCGUGCGAUAUGCUUCUGAUUUUAUCGAUGAGCUGAAUAAGCAGGAAUUCAAGAGCGAUUUGGGCAAGUGAGCACGCUUUCAGCAGCUCACGUGGAAGGCUUUUCUCUCUGUGCUGCAGGGUGUUC